AUGGCGGGAGCUGAAGGGCAACCCGCUCCAAAGCCCUCUCCAGUCCAUCAGUCAACUCCAGAGCCCCUUCAGUCAAAGAAUCUACUCCAGACCCCGCUCCAGUCUAUGAGUCAACACCAAAGCUCUCUCCAGUUCGAGUCAACUCCAGAGCCCCUUCAGUCGAAGAAUCCUCCCCAGACCCCGCUCCAGUCCAUGAGUCAACACCAAAGCUCUCUCCAGUACGAGUCAACUCCAGAGCCCCUUCAGUCAAAGAAUCUACUCCAGAGCCCGCUCCAGUCCAUGAGUCAACUCCCGAGCCCCCUCCAGUCCACAAGUCAACUCCAGAGCCCUCUCCAGUCCAUGAGUCAACUCCCGAGCCCCCUCCAGUCCACAAGUCAACUCCAGAGCCCUCUCCAGUCGAUGAAUCAACACCAAAGCCCGCUCCAGUCCAUGAGUCAACUCCAGAGCCAACUCCAGUCGAAUAAUCUGCUCCAGUCCAUGAGUCAACUCCAGAGCCAACUCCAGUCGAAUAAUCUGCUCCAGUCCAUGAGUCAACUCCAGAGCUCACUCUAG